GCAAAUAUGCCACAAAGGGCAGAGGUCAACGGCCGAUAGGUCUAACACACCCAUCGUUGCAUCCACAUACCGGAACCAGUGCAUGCACAAACUGGUUCGUACGACUAAGAUACGACCUACAUUGUUCUACACAACUUCUGACAACCCCUGGACAUCUCUUUAUCAGUCAUGGGCUGGAAGAUCACCACUUUGAUCGUCUUGGUUGCCGUGGCGACCGGUCUCAUCUUUAGCGGAGUCCUCAACACGCCAGCAGAACCGCUCAAGUUCCAAGACAACUACUGGGGGAGGGGGGCAAAUCCAACAUCCUUGCCAAAAGAUCACGACAAGAUACAACAAAUCUCUAUAAACAUACCGAACGCUACCCUAGUAGAUCUCAACAACCGUUUGAAAAACGUACGCCUGUUCGAAGCUCUGGAAGAUGUAGAGUUUCAGUAUGGCACCCGUGUCGACUACAUGAAAGAUAUCAUCACCUACUGGAGGGAUGAAUACGAUUGGAGAAAACAAGAGGCAUACUUAAACACGUUGCCCCAUUAUAAGACAAACAUUGAGGGAAUAGAUCUACACUUUAUCCACGCUAAACCCAAACUGAAGCCAGGACAAACCGCUAAACCCAUAUUGAUCGUUCACGGUUGGCCAGGUUCGGUGUUUGAGUUUUAUAAGAUGAUCUCGAUGUUGGUAGAUCCCACUAGUCAUGGGGGGAGUGAGGAUGAUGUGUUUGAGGUCAUUGCCCCCUCCAUCCCUGGUUAUGGCUUCUCCGAGGCGCCACACAAGAAAGGUUUUGACCCGAUUGCUGCAGCCCAGAUGUUCCAUAAGCUUAUGGAGAGGCUGGGUUUUCAGAAGUUCUAUGUACAGGGCGGAGACUGGGGUGCGAUUAUCACACGUAUUAUGACUCUACAGAAGCCAAGCGUGAUAACGGGACUGCACAGCAACAUGGUUGUCGUUAACACCGGUGACCCGAGGUGGAUACUCCGUACGAUGGUGGGCAGUGUGUUUCCUUCGCUGGUGGGAAUCAAGCCGGAAGAAUACGACCGGGUUUACCCCUCCGGCGAGAAAUUUCUGCUAUUAUUACAGGAGACAGGAUACAUGCACUUACAGGCAACCAAACCGGAUACUGUCGGUUUUGCCCUGAAUGACUCCCCUGUGGGUCUGGCCGCCUACAUUCUCGAGAAAUUCUCCACUUGGACAAACCCAGCAAACAGGGACUUGGCUGACGGAGGGCUGGAGAAAUAUUACACCAAGGAUGAGUUGCUGACCAGUGUGAUGAUAUACUGGACGACUGGAACCAUCACGUCAUCCGCGAGGCUCUACAAGGAGUUGUUUUCCGGCAAGGCAAUGGAAACCAACGCCAUGCUGGUUACCGUGCCGACAGGAAAUGCGGCGUUUCCUCACGAGCUUGGCCACAACCCGGAGGCCUGGUGCUCCCUCUUCUACACUAACCUCGUCCACUACACUCUCAUGCCGGACGGAGGACAUUUCCCUGCAUUCGAGAAGCCUGCCUUAGUGGCUGCGGACAUCCGAGCCUUCGCCAAGAAGGUCGAAAGUCUUCCCACAUCCAAAAGCUAAUAGGCAAUGUUUUUCGCUUUGUUUAGUUUUUGCAUCUUUUUUUUACACAAAAGCAAAGUGUCUUUUUUUGUCAAGAAGGUCGAAAGUUUUUAUACAUCCAAAAGCUAAUGGGCAAUAUUUUGUUUGUUGUUUUUUUUGCAUCUUUUUUUUUUCCAAACAAUGACAAAGCGCUUUUUUUGUUCAAGAAGGACGAAAGUCUUCAUAAAUCCAAAAGCUUAUAGACGAUUUUUGCAUUUUUUUUUCAAACAAAAGUAAAGUGCUUUUUUGGCAAGAAGGUCCAAAGUCAUUGUGCGUAUAGGCGACCAUGUUUGUGUAUUUUCGUUUUCAAACAAAGUGUUUUUUAUGGACAAUCAUUAUAACACAUUCAAUGUUUAACCUGGAAAAACAGUAAAUAAAAUCAAAGUUGUAUACCACUUACCUCAGGCAUCCGAACCUUCUUUAAAAAGGUCGAAAGUCUUCAUACAUCCUCAAGCUUAUAGGCGAUGUUUGUUUUUUGUGCAUCUUAAUAUUUUUUCGAAGAAAAGUAAAGUGAAAGUGCUUUUUUUUCUGUCAAGAAGGUCCAAAUUCGUUGUACUUGUAGGCGACUGUAUUUGUGUAUUUUUUUUUCAAGCAGAAGCAAAGUGCUAUUUUUUGUAGUUCGUUGAAGAGGUUCAUCAGUCAUGUAUGAAUACAGUUAGUUCGAAUUUUCUUCAAGCAAGGGCUGUUUUUAAAGGUGCCUCCAAAUUUUCGACGGCUGACAGUCCAUCUUGAUCACGGAGAAUGUCCUAGUCUCGAUCUCGCGAGAGCUGUUUUUUUUAGCUUAUUUUGUUUGUUUAAUGGAGCCAUAUCAUUAUAACUAUAGUUCCCAGUCAAUGUUUAAUCUGGAGAAACAGUCAACAAAUUAAAGGUGUAGUAAAGUCUUACUCUUAAGAGGAGCGCCGGUGUAAUUUUUCCGACUACUACCAUAUCUACACGACUCAACCUCUGCUUGGAGAGUAGCAAAGUCUGGCACCACUAGCAAUAGUGUGUCUUACGAAAAAUUCAAAGUCAAUUUUGUAGCUCGCUUGUACACCGAUAGUAGAUAGAGCAUUCAAUAUGUCUAGUAUGAAAGAGAAAAGAUGCAAAUAUUAAUAAAGAAAUUAUAUCAGGCAUUCCGAUGUAGACUCAGGUAUUGUAUUGAUUAUCAUACGGGAUCGCCGUAAAUAAUAUUCUCACAUACAAGACUAUAGUAAUGUAAUAAGUAGAUGUUUCCCUUGUAAAGUUGAUUGAAUACAAUUAAUCCAAAGUUGUAAGAUUUUUCAAUGAUAUUUUGCUAAUAGUUUUAAAUGAUUCCUGUGUUUUCUUUAUAUUUGUUAGACAUGAUUUGAAAAUUAAGUGUUUUGUCCAUCCUGGAUAUUGUUAGAUAAUAAAUUUGACAACGAUUUGUAUCUAAUCAACGUCAGUGAAUAAAAUUAGGUCUACCCUUAAAA